AUGAGAGUUGGAUUAUUUUUUUCGCUGCUCUCACUUUACAUAGCUGGAUACGUGAGACGACUUAUAAGAAAAACGUAUGAUCUAACAACGCAACAUGCGAACUUCUUUAAGGUGCAGCGAAGGACAAGGUUGAGAAAAGGUGGAUACAGCUCAGCUUAUCUCGCCUUGAAAAAAGAGCUACGUGAAGCAAACUUACAGUCUCUUCUUGGUGGAUCUUCAAGAUUCACUUCUCCAACCAAUAUAGAUUCUGAUCCGUUGCUGUCAUCCUUUAUUUUUAGCUCCCCUUCAGCUAACGAGCCUCCAAAAAAAUCUGCUACAUCUGUUGCUGAAGGAACCUUAGCUAUAAAACUCUCGCUAAAGGAAUCUCUCAAAAGGGAGAUUCAAGAAGCUCCACUUUCAGGUGAAGAUCAACAGAAGGCUAAAAAGAGCGAGUUUGUGCGAGGUUUAUUGUUAUCAACAAUCCUUAGAGAUGAUUUGAUGAUGCAUGCGUGAGUAAAUCUAAGGUUGAAAUUGUUAUAGAGUGGUCUCGGUGUAUGAUGGAAAAAAGCUUUUAAGUUAAGUUGAUGCUGAGUUAAAUCCAUAUAUUAUGCCUUGAGACUUUCAUCGAUUCAAAUAAAUGAGAGUUGGAUUAUUUUU